AACCCGGCCCGGGCGGAAGUGACGCCACGCGGGGGCGCCGAGCGGCCAGGAUAAGCGCGGCGUUAUUAGCCAGGCUGGAGGCGGGCGGGGGAGGGUCUCUCUACAGUGAGAACUCUCCGUGUAUCUGGGACUCGCCGAAGCUGGAGGGAGCGUCCCUGACUUUUGUAGGUUUGUUGGCCUUUAAUACUGCGAUCUUGGAUAUUUCUGCUGAGUGAAAGUGCCUGAUUGUUUUGCCUGUUCUUGGUUCUAGAGAGAGUCGUUCACACGCCUGAUUGGCUGACGGUCCCGUCAAUCUCCGGGUUGGCAAGAACUAAGCCUCAGACACCUCUGGGAAAUGUUUCGCGGAACUCCUUGGUGCUGAAAAAGAGUUCUGGAGAAAAUACAAGGGAUUUGAAGGGUUUCCACGCUUUUAGAUUUUUCUUACAGGGAACAAUAUCCGGCCUUGUCUACAUAAUAGAAUCAUUUGGGGAGCUUCGGCGCCCUGGUGGCGCGGUGGUUAAGCUCUUGGCUGCUAACCCAAGAUUGAUAGUUGGAAUCCACCAGCUGCUCCUUGGAAACCCUAGGGGGCUGUUCUACUCUGUCCUAUAGGGUCGCUAUGAGUCGGAAUUGACUGAACGAACUGAUUUCUUAGUUCCUCUAGGGUGGGGCCGGAAACCCUGGUGGCAUCAUGGUUAAGAACUACAGCUGCUAACCAAAAGGUGGGCGGUUGGAACCCACCAUCCAGUCCACCAGCUGCUCCUUGGGAACAGCAUGUGGCGAUUCUGCUCUGUCCUGUAGGGUCACUAUGAGUCAUAAUGGACUGGACCCCAAUGGGUUUUAGGGUAGGGUCUGGAUAUUGACACUCUUUUAAAAAGCAUCUUCAACAAACCCUACCCCCUCUCCCCUGUGAUUCUAAUAUGUCUAAUUCUCUUGUGCCAUAUUGAAACAAGAAAUUGACCAGGAAAAAGAAUCGCAAAUCAAGAGGCAGUCUCUGAUCUCAACACUAAUCUAUUUUAAGCUAAUUAGCAUUGAUUUUUGUCAGUGACAAACAGCUGUUUUCUGUUCAAUUAAAUGUUUUAUUCUUUAAUGAUAGAGAAGGUAAUCAAUCUAACCCUAUCACUAAAGCUCUGUGCUUCGCAGAAUUAAGAAAAACUGCCUAAUUAUAUCAGAUGAGGGCUCAAAGAAAUUUGGGCAUUAUUGAAAAAAAGAUCAAACCAAAUUUACACUGGAUUUCUGGUAGUGUGAAGACUUCCCUGUACCUACUGGGUCUUGACCUGUGGAUGAAAUAAGGUGAACAAUGGGAAAAAAACGUGUUUCUGGUGCCUGGUACUAGAACACCAUGCCUGGCCUGGAAAGAAGUAACUGGCUCCAAAUGGACUUCACAUUUCAUUGGGUUUCACAGAGGCCUGAGAACCCAUGUUUGGGAACCAACCUGCUGAAAAGCGUUGUAUAUGACAGUGACACCGGUUCUCUGAUCUCCUGCUUUAACUAAUCUACUCUUGGCAAGACUUAUAUUUACAACCACUGAAUGGCAGAAUUUUACUGCAGUGCCUCUACUAGCCUUGAGCUUGUAAACCAGAGCUUCACAGGCUGUUUUUGGCCAACAGAUAAUAAGGUUUGUUUGGUUUGGACACUGUUGGCCACCCCGGGUGGUUUAAAACACACACACAAAACUGACUUGUUAACAUUUCAAAUGUGGACAUUUUACAUAAAAAUCCAGAUUAUCAAUUUAUUUUGAAAUUUUUGAAGAUCUAGCAACACUGGGCUUAUAGUCUUGCCUGGCAACAUUGCCUACAGCUGAAUAGUGGCUUCUGUUUUAUUAAUGGAGCAUAUUUCUCUGGUUUGCCAUAAUCCUCACUCCAGAAAAAAAAAACCAAACCCAUUGCUGUUGAGUCAAUGCCGGCUCAUAGGGACCCUGCAGGACCUUUUGGUUAGCAGACAAGUUCUUUAACUGCUGCGCCACCUACUUAUCAAUUCUGACACUAAGGGUGAGUUUCGUUUGAAUGCUCUCACCAUGCACUGUGUAACGAUAAACAAUCAUUGAGCAUUGUUGGUUGCUGUCUUAGUUUCUUAGUGCUGCUGUAACAGAAACACCACAAGUGAGUAGUUUUGAAGAACAGAAAUGUGUUUUCUCACAGGUUAGAAGACUAGAGUCCAAAUUCAGGGCACUGGUUCUAAGGCAAGCCUCGCUCUCUAUCGUCUUUGGGUAAUAUAAUAAUUAUCUGUGUGUGCGCUUAUAACUGAGUGAUGACCAAACCUAAAAUUCGAUCAGCUCAUUUGAAAUGUGACCUUCCCAUUUAGAAUAACAACAAAGAGAUGUGUGGCUUCAAGUUGUAAGUGCUAUAAUCCCUGAGGUGGCUCUUAUUCCUGCUGUGCGUGAUUUUCACUCUCCAUGAUAUUGCCAUUGUCCAGACAUCAGGUUCAGCUCAGCUCAGCUUCUGCCCUUUGCUAAUUCUGAGGCUGAAUUUUCUGUUGCUGCUACAGCAUCACUAUUGCAACAGCAUUAGCAUGGAUUGGAAAAUCCUAAGAAGAAUCAAACUGCAAUCUGUGAACCAAGGAGAACAUCAGAUUGCUUCAUUGUGAAUGUCCUGGAAGGAGAAAAAGUUUUCUUUUUAAACCCCAAUUUUUACUUUGCACUAAGCAAAUCCAUUACUUUUUGUACAAUGAGAUGCAAAAAGUGGUGAGUUUUAUCAAUUUGCAGGAAAAAAAAAAAAUCCAAAGGGAUGCAGCUCUGUAUAUUCUUUGAAGGGAAUUAACAAUUGUUACACUGGGAUAACAUUGCAUACAAUGGGAAUUCCAGAACACUUAAUUGUGCUCAUGGGGAAUCUGUACAUAGACCAAGAGGCAGUUGUUCGAACAGAACAAGGGAACACUGAGUGUUUAAAACCAGAAAAAGUGUGCAUCAGGGUUUUAUCCUUUCAGCAUACUUAUUCGAUCUGUAUGGUGAGCAAAUAAUCUGAGAAACCGGACUAUAGGAAGAAGAACAUGGCAUCAGGAUUGGAGGAAGACUCACUGACAACCAUAAUAUGCAAAUAAAACAACCUAGCUUGCUGAAAGCCAAGAGGACUUGAAGCACUUACGGAUGAAGAUCAAAGACCACAGCCUUCAGUAUGAAUUACACCUCAACAUAGAGAAAAGAAAAAUCCUCACAACUGGACCAAUAAGCAACAUCAUGAUAAAUGGAGAAAAGAUUGAAGGUGUCAAGGAUUUCAUUUUACUUGGGUCUACAAUCAACAGCUAUGGAAGCAGCAGCCAAGAAAGCAAACAAUGCACUGCAUUGGGCAAAUCUGCUGCAAAAAAAAAAAAAAAAAAAAAAAACCUCUUUAAAGUGUUGAAAAGCAAAGAUGUCACUUUGAGGACUAAGGUGCACCUGACCGAAACCAUAGUAUUUUCAUUCACAUACAAAAAGCUGGGCAAUGAAUAAGGAAGACCAAAGAAGAUUUGAUAUAUUUGAAUUAUGGUGUUGGCAAAGAAUAUUGAAUAUACCAGGGACUGCCAGAACAGUGAACACGUCUGUCUUGGAGGAAAUACAGCCAGAGUGCUCCUUGGAAGUGAGGAUGGCGAGACUUCAUCUCAUGUACUUAGGACAUGUUAUCAGGAGGAACCAGUUCCUGGAGAAGGAUAUCAUGCUUGGUAAGGUAAGAGGGUUAUCAAGAAAAGAGGAAGACCCUAGAUGGGAUGGAUUGACACAGUGGCUACAACAAUAGGCUCAAACAGAGCCAACGAUUAUGAGGAUGGCACAGGACUGGGCAGCAUUUCUUUCUGUUGUAUAUAGGGUAGCCAUGAGUUGGAACCUACUCGAGGGCACCUAACAACAGUAUACUGGGAUAGAAUUUAAUGAAGUAGAAUUCACUCUUUUCUAACAGCCCUCCACCAGAAACAUCAAAAUUUUCCUAGAAUUUAAGCACUUUUGAAAAAUAGAUCCAUUUGUCACCAUAGAGGCUCCCAGACAGAGCUGGAGAAAAAUGUAGAACAAAAUUCUAACUCACACAAAAAAAAUACCAGACUUACUGACCUGACAGAGACUGGAGAAACCCGGAGAGUGUGACCCCCAGACAGUCUUUUAGCUCAGUAAUGAAGUCACUCCUGAGGUUCACCCUUCAGCCAAAAAUUACACAGGCCUAUAAAACAAGACUAAAGAGGCACACCAGCCCAGGGGCAAAGACUAGAAGGCAGUAGGGGACAGGAAAGAUGGUAACAGGGAACCCAAGGUCAAGAAAGGACAGUGUUAACAUGUCAUGGGCUUGUUAACCAAAGCCAUGAAACACUAUGUGUACUGUUUAAUGAGAAGCUAAUUUGUUCUGUAAACCUUCAUCUAAAGUACAAAAAAUAGAAAAGAAAAAAUAGAUGCAUUUGAAGGCAGAUUUCCUUUUUCCUUACACCUCUCAAGAAGGGGGCCUAAAGCUCCAGUAAUUUGCCAAACCAGAAAUGCAGACUAAUAGAUUUCUUUCCCUCUCUCCUCAUUCUCCUCGGCUUUUAAUUUUACCUUUUUUAUCUUCUUCCUGCCUCUCUUCCUUUCCCACCUUCUUUCCAAAAGGAUUUACAAUGACUUUCAAAAAUACACUAUAUAUCAUAAGACUGGUAGGCUGAAUAGUAACUCCCCAAAUAUGUCUUAAGUCCUAAUUCCCAGGACCUGUGAAUAUGUUACCUUACAUAGUAAAACAGAUUUUGAGAUGGGGAGAUUAUCCUGGAUUAUCCAGAGGGGCCCAAUGUAGUCACAAGGGCCCUCGUAAAAGGGAGGCAGGAGUGUCAGAGUUAGUAGUAGCAGAUGUGAUGCAGGAAAUAAGAUGAUGGAGUGAGUCAAGGAAGGGUUAUCUAGAAAAGAGGAAGACCCUAGACGAGAUGGAUUGACACAGUGGCUACAACAAUGGAUUCAAACACAGCCAAUGAUUAUGAGCUUUACCCCCUUCGAGACGUGGUAGAUGGACAGGGUGGGGUGGUUCGGGUACAGGUUCCCUUUUCAGUUUCAGAUUUAUGUGUGUGCAAAGAAAAACUGGGUAAGUUUUCAGAAAACCGAGAAAGAUUCAGAGAAGAGUUUUUUAAGCUUGGCCUUAACUUUGUUCUUAGCUGACAAGAUGUGAUAGUGAUCUUAACCACGUGCUGCACCACUAAUGAGAAGAACAGGCUAUUGGCAAAGGCAAGGGAACAUGCUGACAGUUUUGUUCCCACUACCCCCAAGCAUAAUAUUCUGAGAUCAGGGGACAAAGCAGUCCCAGGAACAUAUCCUCAAUGGGAUUACCAGGACCAACUAGAUUAGGCAAGAAUAAAACGUUUUCUCACUUGUAUGGUUGAAGGGAUGCAGAAACGCAUUCACAAGCCAGUUAAUUACUCAAAGAUCAAAGAAAUAACUCAAGGGAAAGAUGAGAAUCCUGUGGCUUUUUUGAAUAGGCUGACAGAAAGCUUUAAAAGCUUUACCAACAUAGACCCAGAGGCACCUGAGUCUGCCCCCUUAUUGGGUUUGCAUUUUAUAACCCAGAGUGCCCCCAACAUUAGAAGGAAACUUCAGAAGUUAGAGGCUGGCCCCCAGACCCCACUGUCCAAACUAGUGGAGGGAGCCUUUAAGGUUUUUAACAACAGAGAUAAGGUGUAAGAAGAUAGAAAGGAUAAGAUGAUAGAAAGGCCCAGUUGUUGGCCGCAGCUAUUCAGGGGCUACCUUGAAGUAAACCCUGGGGACCCAGGCCAUCACAGGUAAGUGGCCGACUUGACAGACCUUGGAGCCACCGUUCGGGGUCACCAGCAAAGCUGGGACCCCAACACUGCAUAUUGCAAAAAGGAGGGGCACCGGAAACAGGAGUGCCCAAGCUGUCCUCAAAUCGGAAGGCCAGGAUGGUACCUUAAUCAUGACCCCAAGCUGCAAUUGCCACAACUCUCUGAGUGAAGAAGCCCAGAGGACCAUCUGGCUCCCCAUGAACAAAACAGCCGAUCUCCAUCACCCCUGUGGAACCUUGGGUUACCUUCAAUGUGGCAGGUAAGAAAACUGAAUUUUUACUUGCUAUGGGAGCCACCUACUCUGUCUUAAACAAACCUAUUGGCAAACUCUAAUCAAAAUUGUGUGAUAACGACAGUCUCGAGACAGUCUCAGACUAAGAGGUUUACUUUCCCUUUAUCUUGUGAGGUAGAAAUUAGAACAAAAAAUCUACCAGGCUAAGUGUCUUCAUAAGUUUAAUCAGGGAUCGAGAACCCAAGACAUAUGGCAAGCAAUAAAAAAGUGUGCUUCCCUCUGUCACAUGGUUCCUACCCCUCCUGGGCCCACUAAUAGCAAUCCUAUUUCUCUUACUUUUUGGUCCCUAUUUGUUUAAUUUGCUUGUCAAGAUUAUAUCUUCCAUGUUGAGAAAGUUCCAUUUCUAAAUGAUGCUCUCCCAGGGAUUCCAGCCUAUUCCACUCCAUGAGGAAACACAACAACAUUACAAAGGGCCCCAAGAGAGAAACCCAGAGAAAUAUGGCAGGUUAGCUCAGGCAGCAUGAGAAUUCCACUCCUCUAGACUUUAGACCUCUGCACCCUUUUUCAGCAGGAAGUGGUUUCAGAAGAAGAAACCUUUGGCUUUAGACCCCCCAAGAAUGAGGAGUGUGAAUUUCUCAGGGGAGCCAGGCAAGUCUGGGGUCCUGAAGUAAAAUUAACCCUUUUGUGAACAGAGGCUGUAGGAAAUUCCAAAACAAUCAAGAUAUGGCAUAGGCCAGACAUGAGGAAACCUGUAUUUCAACCUGUGGUUAAAUUUUAAGUGGUAAGCAACCAGAUUUCCCAUAAUGCUUCAUCUUAGGAUUGUUUUUCAGGCAAACCAGCUAAAACCAGAAUCCCAUGCAGGCACAGAAAUGAUUUGGUUGGCUACUGGAUUUCCCCAUCCCAUAAUGAGUCCUGCCUAGGAACCAAGAAACUCAUGUCAGGGAACUAAAAAAUCAGACACAUGUUAACAGGCGGUAGCCAGACCCAAUUCAGAAGUGAGAAGUCGGACACCCAUUUCUGUGCCAGGUAUCAGCCCAGCCUUUUUUAAAAUAAUCAUGCUAUUUGUUAGAAGUUUGAUGAAUAUGUACAACUUCCCUUUUUACUGCGUAGUAUAAAACCUUUCUCAGCCCUUUGUCCUAAGAGACAGUUCUUUGAGAGUGAUCUCCCUGUCUCCUUGUCACAAGUAAUAAAAUAUGCCUCCUUGCUCUAAAUCCACUUGACUCAGUUAUUCUUAACAAGAGUACAAGCGGUGAACCCACUGCAUUCGGUAACAACAUGGUCUAUACAAAAUUUUAUUAGCAUAACUCCUGCCCUAUUUCUAUACCUUACAUCAUUCAUGGUAAUUUUGCUUGCUAUUGACAGCUCUGCCUGUUUGAGGAUGUCCACGUUGUUUGCCAUUAAAGUCAUUGAUGUACGAAAAUUUUCAAUGUGAUGCUGUGAAAUUUGAUAUCUUCACUGUCACUAAAUAAAAAUUAGAAUUUUCUGAAACCUCGCUUAUAAUAUGAUGUCUUAGUUUCCUAGUGCUGCUGUAACAGAAAUACCACAAAUGGGUGCUUUAAAGAACACAAAUUUAUUUUCUCACAGUUCAGGAGGCUAGAAGUCCAAAUUCAGGGCACUGGCUCAAGAUCCCUGUCUCUUUUAACUUUUAUAGCCCCCGGGUUCUUUGGAUCUUUGGUGAUUCUUACAUGGUAUCUGUCUUCCCCAUUAUAUGCUUGCUUCUGUGUCUUAAAUUUUUUUUUUUUCUGUGUCUAACCUGGUGUUUUUUAACUCAGAAGUGAUUAGGUUUAGGAUACACCCUCCACUGAUAUGUCCUCAUUAACAUAAGAAAACCCUAUUCCCAAAUGAGAUUUUUUUCAUGGUAUUGUUUUUGUUGUGUCCAUUAAUUCCAACUCAUAGCGACCCUAUAGUACAGAGUAGAAUUGCCCCACAUGGUUUCCUCAGCUAAAAUCUUUAAAGGAGCAGAUCACCAGGUGUCUUCUCUCUCAAAGUGGGUGGUGUGUUUGAACCUGUUGCUGACCUUUCAGUUAGCACCAGUUAGCAGCCAAGCACUUAACCAUUUCACCACCAGACCUCCUAUGUUGUUGUUGUUGUCAUGUGCCAACAAUAGGGCUCCUACAGGGGGUUAAGAUUUAUAACAGAUAUUUUGGAAGGACACAAUUCAAUUCCUAACAUGAAUUUUGAUAAUCAAAAGUAAACCAUAUAUUUUAGAAAAUCCUUAAGUUUAUAGAAGAAUGAGGGAAGCAGACAAAUAGAAAUGUCAAUCAGUACUAUCACCAACAGGUAAUUUUAUCGGCUACUAAAUAUACUACUUACAAUCAUUAUCUUCAUAUGCUUUUGCCUGCAUGACACACACAGUAAAACAGAAGUGGCUAUAAAAUACCUAACUAAUUGAAGUUCUACCUUCUAGUAAUGAUGGAGUGAACAGGUUAGUCAAACUCUCCCGCAGAUAACCUUUAUAAGAUCUGGACAAAAUAUAAAAAGGAUUUGGAAAGCAAUCCAAAGCAGGCAGAUAUUGGAGGAGAAUUUACCCUUGAUAAAAUAAUCAAUUGCCACCAAGUUGAUUCCACCUCACGUCAACCCCAUGUACGUCAGGGUAGAACUGUGCUCCACAGGGUUUACAGUGGCUGAUUUCUCAGAAGUAGAUCACCAGGCCUUUCUCCUGAGGCAUGUCUUGGAGGAUGCAAACUUCCAACCUUUUGGUUAGCAGUCGAGCACCCAUUUGCACCACCCAGGAGCUCCUUACCCUUGGUAAAUUUAUGGCUUCUUUGCCUAAGGGUGUUCUCUCACCUCUACAGCUCCUGAAGCAGAAAACCACAGUUUGCCGAGUUUGAGGUGGCAGAAAACAUAGUUCGGUGCUUGCAGAACAGCUGGAAAAUUAAAGGGGAAAUGCUAGAAGCAAGAGAGCAACAGAAUGACCAAGACCCUGCUGAACAUCAUAUUGGUCUAGUACAUGCUAAUUGUGUACAGGAAAUAGCAAACAUCUAGAUACUUCAGAAAGAAUAUGUGUACUAGAUGACAAGACAUAAGCUCAAGGAAAUUCAUGGGCCUGCUCCAGCAAUGAUUCUGCCACAUCCUCAAAGUUCAGUGGUCUGGCCUGUGUUAAGAUAUCCCCUGUAAAAUGAGAAACAGGUUGCUGCACUGUCCACUAUGAAGAAAGAAUGAUUCUAUGUGAUUGGUCUCUUUGGAUUUUGGAAGCUAUAUUUACCAUUUGGGCAUAAUGCUCUGAUCCACUUACCUGGUAGCCCACUGUAAAAAUGGCAUCGUUGCAGGGUCAUCUGACCUCAUCUAACUUCACAAAGGGGAAGGAGACUCAAGAUCAACAGCCCAGGGCUGAUUCCUAAGAGGCAGAGGUUUUACUUGUGCUGAUUUUGAUCUGAGUUCUAUGAUGGUUUGCUCUUGGGACCAGACAUGACCAGAAGUUGACCUCAUGAGGACAUCAACCUCUCCAGCUGCCAUGCUCUUCCGGAGGCUGAGGCGACUCUCCUGGAGCAGCACUGCUGUCCAACUCUUCAUCCUAACGGUGGUGACAUUUGGCCUGCUGGCCCCUCUGGCCUGUCACCGGCUUCUGCACUCUUACUUCUAUUUACGCCAUUGGCAUCUGAACCAAAUGAGCCAAGAUUUCCUGCAGCAAAGUUUGAAAGAGGGGGAGGCUGCCCUCCACUACUUUGAGGAACUGCCUUCUGCCAACGGCUCAGUGCCCAUUGUCUGGCAGGCCACCCCCCGCCCCUGGCUGGUGAUUACCAUCAUCACUGUGGACAGGCAACCUGGCUUCCACUAUGUCUUGCAGGUUGUAUCCCAGUUCCACCGGCUUCUUCAACAGUGCGGCCCCCAGUGCGAGGGGCACCAACUCUUCCUGUGCAACGUGGAGCGUAGUGUGAGCCACAUCGAUGCCAAGCUGCUAUCCAAGUAUGUCCCUGUGGCCAACCGCUAUGAGGGCACUGAGGAUGAUUAUGGUGAUGACCCUUCCACCAACUCCUUUGAGAAAGAGAAGCAGGACUAUGCCUAUUGCCUGGAGUCAUCCCUGCAGACCUACAAUCCAGACUACGUCCUGAUGGUGGAAGACGACGCCGUUCCAGAAGAGCAGAUCUUCCCUGUCUUGGAGCACCUUCUGCGGGCUCGCUUCUCUGAGCCACACCUCAGAGAUGCCCUUUAUCUAAAGCUCUAUCAUCCUGAGAGGCUGCAGCACUACAUCAACCCAGAGCCCAUGCGAAUCCUGGAGUGGCUUGGUGUGGGCAUGUUGCUGGGGCCCUUACUAACCUGGAUAUACAUGAGGUUUGCCAGCCGUCCAGGGUUUAGCUGGCCCGUGAUGCUCUUCUUCUCCCUGUAUAGCAUGGGUCUUGUUGAACUCGUUGGGCGGCACUAUUUCCUGGAACUACGGCGGCUGAGUCCUUCGCUGUACAGCGUGGUUCCAGCUUCACAGUGCUGCACCCCAGCCAUGCUCUUUCCUGCCCCCGCAGCCCGCCGGACCCUCACCUAUCUAUCCCAGGUGUACUGCCACCAGGGCUUUGGCAAGGACAUGGCACUGUAUUCACUGUUGAGGGCCAAGGGGGAGCGGGCCUAUGUGGUAGAGCCUAACCUUGUGAAGCACAUUGGGCUGUUCUCCAGCCUCCGGUACAACUUUCAUCCCAGACUGCUCUAGUGGGUCAACAGAUGCCUUUCUGAAGUUGGCUACUUCCUGGAAAUUCAAAUAUUGAGCUAUUUAUUUGGACAUGAUUGUUUGCAGAUACGUGAUUGUUCAGUGUUGCUAGGGAUAUAGGGACUGGGACACCUGAGCAGCAUAUAAAUCAAGGACCUCAGUUUGCCACAGGUCUGGACCUCUCUCCCUCCACACAGCCACACUGCCUCAUGCAGUCUGACCCACCCAAAGAGGGUGCAUUGAAAUACCAGUUAUAUUCUCCAGUUAUUUUCACUCUACUUUAUGAAAGAGCUUAUGACAGCCAAAAAUCUUGUGCCCAGUGAUGUGACUAUUUUAGGAUCUUAAGGAUAGAGUUUGGUGAAAGGCAAGAUCAUUUUGAAUUGAUUUCUUUCCCAUUGAGUAUGAGAAUGGGUAUAUGUUCAGAUUAUAUGUCCAUGAAGGCAGGCCCAUGCUUAUAGAUUCCAUUUAUUUCUCUGACCUGGUAUAAUAAAAAACUGUGAUAAAAGUUGUGCAGUACCCAACGUCUUCGGGGCAGAUGAGCUGCCUUCUUUUACCUGGCAUUUUCUUUUCCCACAUAUUUACUGUGCACUGAUAACUGCUAUUGUUAGUGAGAACUUUAAGGCACAGGAAGAUCUGAAAGUGCCUUCUGGAUCAUCAGAGUCAGAUUGUGACUGUGUUCCGUAGUAAUUUAAUAUUGAAUAGUUCUGUCAUAUUCCGAUCCUUUGAAAGUUGGACAUUUCAGGAUGAUUUGGCAUGGAUGAGCCCUUUACUAAUAGCAUAUCUGUCUCCCUAGUUUUGCUGGCUAACAGUUCACCCUCUUUUCUUUUUAUUCUAGGUAGCAUGAGGCUGUAGAAGGAAAAAUAUGGACUGUGAAGUCAAAAGACCUGAAUUUUUCUUUCCUAUCUGCCAUGUUCUAGUGGUGUGACCUUGGGCAAGUCAUAUAACCACUCUGAGUCUCAGUUUCUUUACUUGUAAAAUGGGAACAGUAAUGUCUACCUUUUAGAGUUGCCUCAAGGAUUAAAUGACAGAAUAUAUGUACAACACCUAGCAAGUGGUUGGUCUGUAGAAGACAUAUGGCAAAUGUUCUUUUCUCUCCUGUAAAGCAUAUUAAAUUUAAGUGUAUUUUGGAUAAAGAUGUUAGUAUGUUGUUUAAAGUAUGAGAUCAGGCACAGGGCUGACACCUAUGUAGCCGCUCUUCCAGACCAAACACUGCUAGAAUAAAGGCUGACUUGUCAUUGUGACUUCUUAAGGAUAUACAGCUCAGCUUUUAUCUGGCCCCACCUUGAAACUAAGCCACAAAUAAGGAUUAUUCAUUCAAACUAAAAAUGAUCCAAGACUCCUCUGGAGCUCAUUCCAAAACUACCCAAAAAACCAAACCCACUGCUGUCCAGUCGGAAUUCAACUCAUAACACCCUCAUAGUUCCAAGGCUGUAAAUCUUUACAGAAGCAGACUGCUACUUCUCCUGCAGAGCGGCUGGUGGGUUCAAACUUCUCAUCUUUCAGUUAGCAGCCCAGCAUAUUCCAAGCCUAGCCCCUGAAAAUUCCUUUCCUCAAAAAUUAGAAAUAAAUGUCUUUUGACAGUAUUUAUCAAACCAGUGGCCAGCAAGUUCCUUAUGAGAAUAGAUUAUAUUAGAGAGUUCAAGCUACUGUCCAGUUCGUUUCAAUGCCACAUCUUUCAGUUGCUUUUAAAUUUUUCACAGCAAGCUUCCGUCUUGGGAUCCGCUUAAGAACACCGAUGGAAUUUCCAUGGAGGUUUAUCACCCACAUAUUUCAAAUAAAGAAAUUGAGGCCCAGAGAAGUUAAAUGGCUUCUCCGGUUUCCAACACCUGAACAGCAGCUGAGCCAGGACCAGAACGUAGCUCUUCUGACUCCCAGUCUCUGCUCUUUUUUUCUUAACCACGUUAGUUCUAUAGAUAUCUAUAUGAUUAAAGUCCCCUUUGUAAAAUCUGACUGUAACCUGGACUAAAUGUGUCUGUAAGCACAGAUGUAAGAAACCUGUUGUCGUGUUGGUCCUGGAGAACGAACAGGUAUAAGUCUGUGUUGUGUUGUUACUGUGAACUGUUACGUAUCCCAUGGCAACGUCUACACUGGUCUGAACUCCUGGAUGACUUACCAAGAUGUUCAGCUUACCCUCCCACUCCUUUGUUCCUCCUUUCCCAGUAACUAGUCCACCCCCAGCUUUUAGAAUCGAGAUCAUUAGAAUUUGUUGCAUUUACGAUUGAUUGGGUCACCUCAUGCAAGUUUUUUGACCAAUGACAGGAGAGCUAAGCCUAAGCUAGCUGGGCCCAAGAUAGGGAAUAAUUGCUGGUUUAGAUUUCUGUUCUUUCCAAUUCAGGUGUUUACUGCAUGCAGACGUACCCUCUUCUGACUCCUCCACUCUGGGUAGCUAAGGCCAUCUUUUCCCUGGCCUAUUUGUGUUUAGGCACUAAGAUGUCUUCCUCCCCUUACCGUGACCAGGGUCUGCUGUCCUUUGACAGUUUCUGUAGAUGCAGGCUCAGUUCUGCCCUUUUUUCCCUGUUUACUCUUAGGUCUUCCUCCUUUUUGCCCCUUGUUCCUCGAGUCUUAAUUUUUGUAUGUUGUCCUGGUUCAGGGCAGCUGACAGCUUUAUACCAAAGCUGAAGUCUCUCAUUUAACCCUAAGCAAGGGACCUGGAGAAGAACUAAGAUCCCCUUCCCUAGGUUACAGGGAGGGCUAAGCCUCUCUCUGAGUUUAAAUUAUAAUCAGGCCUAAGAAGCUCCCUACUGUGACUGAGUGUAUUUGCAUAAAAACAUCAGUUAAAAUAAAAUCACCUGUUCCACUGAGAUUUUCUGAGAAGAUUUUUCGUUCUCUCUUGUUUCCGUGGGUGGAUUUCCCUGAGGUGGCAAACAGCAUCAACCCACACACAUGGUUGUGGACUCCCAAGGUAGUCAUUCAAAAUACAGACUGCUGACUGUACAAGCAACCGUGGUCACAGGCCCCUGGGUCACAGCAGUGCCUGGGCUUAAGUCUUGCUGGAUGACAUCCCAUUAUAACUAACUGAUGUGGGGCAUGUUUUUGGUCUUAACAUAUGGCAAGAGCAUGAGUUUUGUAGAGGACUGAACUUGUUCACAUUUAAACAAAGCUGCACAAACAAAACAUCAAAAAUCAUGUUCCAGAGUAAUGAUCCUUAAAGAGUUUCCAGUUCCUCCACUCCAGUCUCUGGGAAUAUUUACCCCUCUGUCCUUGGUUUAUGCUAAGUCAUAAUCCCCACCACCGCCACCACUACUCAGCCACGUGGUCAGACUCUGACCAUCUCACCCCUUCCAGCAUAAACUUGAAAGAGUUCACUGGUGCAGUGUGUUGGUCGUUCCUCCACUCACCUUCUUGUCUCUAGGUCUAAAAGCCCUAGAAUACACUGCGGAGCUGUCUUGUAUGGUGGUUGUGUCUAGGUGCUUCCCACUGGCAACACCUGAGCUUGAGAGAGAAAACCUAGCCUUCCCCAGAUGGUGACACACAGGCAUCCAAGGCCCGAACCUUCCCCAUACCUCUAACACACACAGGAAACAAAGCCACAAGAAACAAAACAGCCGGGUGAUGGUGCUGGAAAGUUCUUUGCAUUAGACAUUUCCUCUGCCUGGAAUGCACGUAAAAAACUUUUUACGCGGACCAAAAUUGUAGGUUAAAACCAACCCUUACUACCUGACCCCACUCUUCUUUCUGUUUUCCCUCUCUGGUCCCAUUUCUCUUCUUCCAGUAUUCCUCUCAUAAAGGGCAGUUCCCAUGUGUCCCUUUACUCGCAUUCAUUCAUUGCUUACUAUUUGUAAGGCACUAUUCUAAAUUUUUUUUUUUUUUUUUAUUCUAGGUGUAGGGUACAGCAGUGAGUGAGACAAAGACCCCUGGCACUGUGGAGCUUAUAUUUGGGGGUGGGGGAAGGUAUAGAGAAAAAAAUACGAAAAAAGAGAAUUUCAGGUAAUAAGUUUGGAAGGAAUUAAACCAGAUAAUGUGAUAGAUGGAUUGGAAGGUAGAAAGGGGAAGGACUGCUUUAGAUAGGACGGGAAGUCUGUUCCAGGAGAUUAAAAUUGAGCUGAGACCUGAAUUAUAAAAAAGAUUCACCUUAUUCCGGAUAGGGAAUGGCAAGUGCAAUAGGCCUUGCAGUAAGAAUGAGGAUAGCAAGUUCAAGGAACUGAAAGCAAGCCAGUGUGGUUCAGCCUUGGGAAAUGAGGACAGAGGUGGUAAGGGAUGAGGUCAGAGAGUGUGCAGAGGUCAGAUCAUGUAAGUCACCUGGGAGGUAGGGUAGGGGUUUAUUCUAAAUUCAAGGGAAGCCAGUUCCUAGCAGGGUAAUGAGUUAUUUUCCAGAGCCUUGACUAUCCACUGUUUGCUUUCUCCAUAGAAUGGUCCCAUAGAGAUUUCAUGACAGUGAGGCACAGAUAAAAGGUUUACUACAUACAGGAGUUUGAGACAUAAAAACUUGAUAGAUGUAGAGACCUUAGCCUCGCUAGGCUUCUUUGUCAUUUCCAUCUUUCUAACGUCUUUUUAAAAAAAUAGUUUUGUUGCUGAGAAAAUGCACAGUAAAACAUAUACAACAGUUUCUACAUGUACCAUUUAAUGACACAUUACAUUCUUCAAGUUUUGCAGCCAUUCUCACCCUUCUUUUCUGAGUCAUUCCUCUCCCAUUAACAUAAACACACUGCCCUCUAAGGUUCGUAUCUUAUCUUUUGAGUUCCUGUUGUCAGUUUGAUCCCAUAUGGAUAGUUCUUAAAAGAGCCUAAUGCUCAAGGCAGACUUUUUUUCUAGUUAAGUUAAAUCAUUGCUUGGUUUUAAGACGAUGUCAGGGGAUUUUUUGGUUUAGGUUUAAAGAUUAUCUCAGGACAAUAGUUUCAGGGGUUCACCCAACCCUCAUGGUUCCAGAAAGUCUGGAGUCCGUAAGAAUUUGAGAUUCUGUUCUGUCUUUCUGACAUCUUAAAGCUACCCUAUUCCUAUGUACUUAUGCCACCUGUUCCUUGGUUGGUUUUUGUUUUAUAAAAUGUAUCACUCGCCUUUGGAUUUCUCCGCUGUUUUUACCUCAAAAUUGUAAAGUAGUUGCUUUUUUUGGAAUCAGACCAUUCUUCCAUAUUUCUUUCAGGAAAUUUUGUUAAAUUCUAAACCCAAAAUACCCACUCAUUGCAGAAUGAUACAAUACCAUUGCAGUCCAGAUACUGGGGUGGCCCACAACUCACAGUGUAUCCACGUUGCAGUCCUAAAAUAGUAAGGACAUUUUUUGCCGCCAGAACUAUUUCCACCCGUCUCUGAAUAGUCCCAAAGGUUUUCCAAAUAAAAUCCCACUUAAAAAUCCAGUACCAGUUAAUAAGCAUUUCUCUGCAAAUUCCACUGUAGUUGCAGUAAAAACAUCCAAAAAGUUCAUGUGGUUAAAAUUACCCGAUUUUAUAGUAUAUAGUGCUGUAACUCACAGAACAUAGUGGUGUAUAUCAAAACCCCGCAGUAAUCAAAUCCAAUUAGAAUGCCUCUCCACCUAAAUUAAGUUGGCAAUUAAAUAAAUUCUCCCAAGUGAGGAGUGUAUCCAAGGUAAAUUAAAUUAAUCCUAUUAAAUUUGUAUUCUUCAGCGACACUGUAGUAUUCUCACCAUUUUUCCUUUUAACAACUGAGACAAUAAAAGAAUGGAUAAUUCAAAUGAGUCCAUUUAGGAAAGACAACAAAUUUUUGUCAAUUUUUAAUUUUUCAAUAAUUACUAGUUUUUAAGUGAACUAAAAAUAAAACCAAACCGGUUGCCGUCGAGUAGAUUCCAACUCAUAGUGA